AUGAUCGCCUCAGAACCAACAUCUGCUGCUCCACUGGCCAUCCUUCCGGCCAUGACCCCCGACGCACCAACGACCACCGAGAUGCCUACCGAGAUGUCUACCGAGAUCCCUGGACCAUUUACCACUGACGCUAUAUCACCAAACACAGAAGCAGCUUUCGCCCCUACCACAACCAUUGUUCCCAACGUUGGCCCCCCUGCCGCCGGUACCGUCGACAUCCUCGGCACCCUCGACACCCUCCCAGCCAUCGGUGACUUCGGUACAACAAAGCGACGCUCCACCAAACAAUUCAUGCGCCGCGACCUCAUCACCAAACGCCGCACCAUGCGUCACGGCCUCCGCACCCGCCAACAAUACGACGAAGGCGUCGACCUCGACGACGCCUCCAAGCUUGGUUCCGCCCUCCACGCCAUCGCAGGUCCAGCUGGAAGCCUCGACCCCAUGGGCCAGUACAACGCCAUCACGCAGGCUUCGUACGCGACCGCCAAGUCCGGACAUCGCAACUCUCGCGCCGGGCAUCGCAGCUCCGACGACUAUGACGACUACGACUACGACGAUGAAGGCUACUACGGCUCUGCCUACUCGCCCUACGAGCCCGACUACCACAGCCCGGACUACGAGCCCAGCGACUCAAGGUACGACCAGUACGACCCGUAUGAUGCCGGUCAGUACAAUGCGCCCGCCUACGUAGAGGAUGCAGUUGCGGACCUCUACGGCGAGGGGUACGAUGAGAAGCCAGAUGUGAAUUACUGGUCGGAGUUCAAGAAGAGGACGGGGUCGAUCGUUGCGGAGGGGGAGGCGUGA